UCUUAAGAGGCAGUCUACGAUAGAACCAUGCAAAAUCAAAAUUUUAUAAUGAAGGGUGAAGAUUAAUUUUCAUAGUUCAUCUGGAUAUAUCUAAAGUAUAUUGUCUAUUUUAUCAAAUUUUCAUGGUUAAAUUUAUCUGCACCACCGAAAUCCCCCAGAUAAGACCAUUUCUAUUUUUAGCUCAUUAUUCAUGAUAAAUUUCAUGCAUGAAUAAGGCUAAUUUCAGAUAGUCAUUUAAGUAUUAAAUAGAGUUUAAUCAUACCUAGAGUCAGAUUCACAUAACAUCUGAUACAAAUACCUUUGAUUUGGUGCGCAAAUAUUUGUUAAUUCACUCUUUGAUUUUAAGCUAGAUGAUCAAAUAUUAUAAUAAGAUAGGUAAUGUCCAAAAUCCACAACUUCUCAUAGCAGGAUAUAAAACCCCAAGAAACGUUUUAAAUUUAGAACUUCUUGGUUAAAAGUAUAGAAUUAUCCAUAAAGAAAUAUACCUGAAUGGGAAUUUGGUUGCAAAUAAAUAUUAAGCUUAUUUUCCGGUGUUUAAAUUCCGAAUUUCUAGAGAUUAAAUUAUCUCCCUUUGUGGAACUCUCGUGUAAAGAAGAUAAAGAAGAAUGAUUGGAGAAAGCAGAUGUCAACAAGAUGGAUGGUUUGAAAUGUAGUUUUGGUGAACAUUGUAAAGAGAAAGCAGAUUAUAUACUUCAAGACUGUAAGAAAGAGACUUCAGCACACUUGAGAUUUUUUAAAUGUACCUCUGAGUCAGAUUUUGCACACAUACCAGAACCAUUGUUAAUUCUUAACCGUGCUGGUGUGCAUGGGCUGAGGCUGUCAAAGUUCAGCGGACGUAUAUGUGCUAAACACAGGCAAGAAUUUGGGAUUCAAUGGAAAAGAAAAAGGAGAACAUGCUGUCAUCCACUACAUGACAAAUCUCAAUCUGGCACAGUCGCGAGGGGUAUUACAUUCAUUCAAAGCCGAGAGAUAUGGAUGAAGCUGAGCACACAUGUUCCCACUGGUUCUGGUGUUUGCAGAAGAUGUAUCGAGAAGCAUAAACACUGUUUCAAGAAUAAUGCAGAUAUGAAGGAGGAGUUGAAAGAAAUAUGCUGUUUAUUAGAGAGAACUACAGAUUCUGAAGCAAUGGAUGCUGAUGGAUCUUUUUCUCACCCAAGAGAGGACCAAGAGAAUGAAAGGCAACUGUUUGUGCCUGAAGACAGUAUGGAAAUAUCAGACACGGAUAGAAGAAUUGAUGCUCCAGAAAUUACCAAAAGCGAUAGUGCACCAUGCUCUCAGACAACAGAUUCGGGAUGAAAAAUAACAAAUAAGAAAUACAGCACCUAGUCAUUCACUGUUAACUUACACUGUUAAAAAAAAAGAAAGAAAAACAUGCAAUGUUAUUAUGGUAUUCUUUAAGUCAUGAAAAAAACAAAAAUCAAAAACAAAACAUAAAAAACCCUUUUUUGAAUUUACGAACUUGCGCAAGAUUGUGUACUUUAAAUUCUACAAAUUAAAUGAUGAUUCAAAUGACUUUUCUGAUGAAAAAUGUAAGUUUCCUUCCACCAUUAUAUCACACCCUCUUUCCUCAUUUUCAUAUCCCAGUGUACUUUUUAACAUUGCUGUAUAUUACUUAUAUUUA